CAAUACUAUUCCCUCCCCCUCUCUCUCUCCCUACAAGCCUUUAAAGGCCAUGAGAGUUCAGUGGGCUCGACUCGGGGUCUUCUUGGCCUGUCUGCUCGUUGCCUUCAUUGCUUGCAAUGCCAGUAAGUCUGCUGUUGUGGUUGGCGUCGGAGAAUGCCUGGAUUGCGCGAAGAAGAGUUUCCCUACUGACCAUGCAUUCUCAGGUCUCCAUGUAAGUAUUGAUUGUAAGACAGAUGGGGGGAAGUUCCACAGUAAAGCUGCAGGUGACCUAGACAAGAAUGGGAAGUUCCUGGUAAAACUCCCUAGUGAUCUCCUUAAUGAGGAAGGAGAUCUCACAGAGGAAUGUUUUGCCCAACUCCACAGUGGUCCAAGCUCGCCAUGUCCCUCGCAAGCUGGACUAGAAGCGCAAAAAAUCAUGCUCAAGUCGAAGGAGGAUGGGAAACACGAGUUUGGCACUAAGGGGAAGUUGUCAUUCUCACGUUCGACGUGCGCUUCCGCCUUCCUGUGGCCAUAUUUCAAGUUCCCCCCAAUCAAAUGGCCUCCUCACAAGUUUAUCCCUCACCUUCCACCAUUUAAAAGCUUCAAUUACCUUUCCCCCAUUGUUUUCCCCCCCUUACCCCCCAAGGUUUUCCCCCCAUUUCCACCUAAGGUUUUCCCUCCUCUUCCUCCAAAGGUCUUCCCUCCAAUUUACAAGAAGCCCCUUCCUCCUCCAGUGCCUAUUUUUGAGAAGCCACUACCACCCCCAGUGCCAAUUUUUGAGAAGCCCCUACCACCCCCAGUGCCCAUAUACAAGAAGCCCCUGCCACCCCCACUGCCCAUAUACAAGAAGCCCCUGCCACCCCCACUGCCCAUAUACAAGAAGCCCCUACCACCUCCAGUGCCUAUAUACAAGAAGCCGCUACCACCUCCGGUCCCAGCGUACAAGAAACCGAUUCCACCCCCCGUGCCUAUAUACAAGAAGCCACUCCCACCUCCAGUUCCAGUAUACAAGAAGCCACUCCCACCUCCAGUUCCAGUAUACAAGAAGCCACUCCCACCUCCAGUGCCUAUAUACAAGAAGCCACUCCCACCUCCAAUUCCUAUAUACAAGAAGCCUCUCCCACCUCCAGUGCCUAUAUACAAGAAGCCGCUUCCGCCUCCAAUUCCGAUCUAUAAGAAGCCAUGUCCACCCCUCAUCCCAAAACCGCCUAUAUUCAAAAAACCACUACCUCCAAUCCCGAAGCUUCCUCCUAAGAAAUCCUUCCCUCCAAUUUACAAACCACUUCCCCCUAUCCCAAAACUUCCACCAAAGAAAUCCUUCUCUCCCAUUUAUAAACCCCUUCCUCCUAUCCCUAAACUUCCUCCAAAGAAAUCCUUCCCUCCAAUUUACAAACCUAUUCCACCUAUUCCAAAGUUUCCUCCUGUUUACAAAAAGCCAUUGCCUCCACUUCCAAAACUUCCUCCAAAGAAAUCCUUCCCUCCAAUUUAUAAACCUAUUCCACCUGUUCCAAAGUUUCCUCCGGUUUACAAGAAGCCAUUGCCACCAAUUCCAGAACUUCCUCCAAAGAAAUCCUUCCCUCCAAUUUACAAACCUAUUCCACCUAUUCCAAAGUUUCCUCCAUUGCCACCAAUUCCAGAACUUCCUCCAAAGAAAUCCUUCCCUUCAAUUUAUAAACCUAUUCCACCUGUUCCAAAGUUUCCUCCAGUUUACAAGAAGCCAUUGCCACCAAUUCCAGACCUUCCUCCAAUGAAAUCCUUCCCUCCAAUUUACAAACCUAUUCCAUCUGUUCCAAAGCUUCCUCCUGUUUACAAGAAGCCAUUGCCACCAAUUCCAGAACUUCCUCCAAAGAAAUCCUUCCCUCCAUUCUAUAAACCCAUUCCUCCACUACCACCCUUCCCUCCCAUUUACAAGAAGCCCUUUUCCACCUUUUCCUUUCCCUAAGCUCACUUUUCCAAAGUUCCCUCCAAACCAACAAGCCUCCAACCUCCCUUAAGCCUCCUUUUCGGUGAUUCAUAAACCAUUUUCAUGCCUUACAUUGCCCUUUGAUGUCUUCUUCAAACCAUCAUCAUCCAUGUCUGUAAUAAAAAUCCCAUAAAAUCCCGAGUGUUGCCCAAAUUGAGAAAAUGAAAAGAGUGUGACAUUAUGUGUGUAUUUGAUAUAAUCUUCAUCUAGUGUUGUGAGUGGUGCCUUAAUUUGUUUUACAUGUGAUGUACUGUUGCUGAAAUUAUACAGCCUCUUGCAUAUUAAUAUGUACAUUUUCCACAGUUCCAUUGCGUUA